ACUAUAUACAUAUGUACACAGAAAGACCGUAAUGUUUUUAAACAUGACGAUUAAUUCAACAUACAUGUCUAAUUUCGAUUGUAGUAAAAAUUGAUUUCAAAAUGAAUUCAAAUAGAAAAAUUUCUAAUGUUGAAGUUUUGGGCGAUGAAAGACUAGUAAAAUCAGCUCGUCGACCUAGAAAUUGUCGUUCUCGAAAUAUUGUUGCAAUAUAUUGCGAUGUGGUUAGCACUAAACGCUAUGAUAAUGUUGAUAUAUUAGUUCGCGUUUCCAUUGUAAAUCAAUCACGAAAGGUAUUGUUGGACACAUAUGUAAAACCUGAGAAAAAAUUAGUUGACAAGCGUAUUAGAAUAAACCGAAUAAUACGCACGGCUUCUAAAUAUGGAGAGGAUUUUGUAAAUGUACAGAAUGAAGUGGUUAAUAUAUUGCAAGGUAAAAUAUUGGUGGGUCAUAAUAUAAAAAGAAGUUUGUCGGUUUUACAUAUAACACAUCCACAAAAAAAUAUACGUGACACACUUGAUUAUGAGCCAUUGCGCCAGUUAUUAUCAAAUGGAAACACAACUGCAUUAAUCCAUAUAUUUAAAGUAAUACUAGGUUCAACAAUUCUAAAACGGCUAUAUAAUUCCGUCAUGUAUGCAAAAUCAAUAAUGGACGUAUACAAUCGACUAAUUCCAAAUUGGGAAACGUAUAUGCUUGAAUUGCAGAAGAAUAACACACAAAUUGAAUCUGCUGAAGAAAAAACUCAGAUUAUUUCAAUUGGAAUUAGUAGCUUGGAUCCAAUAUACCAAACAGAUGAAAAUAAAGCAGAUGAGUUGUUAGUAGAACAUGCUAUAGAUAAUCAGAAGAAAGAAGUUGAUGAAGAUUCCCCAGAGAUAGAAGAUAAUGAAUAUAUGUUCACAUAUAAUUUAGAGUGGUUAUUUGCAGAAUCCAUUGUGGAUACUCCAAAAAAAGUAAAUAAUGGAUAUGUCACAACAGAUGUUGAUGAAGAUUCGCCAGAGAAAAUGGAAAGUGAAUAUAUGUUUUUAAACGAUCUGAAGCGCUUAUUUGCAGAACCUAUUGUAGUUCCUCAGCAAGAAGAGGCAGAUGAUGGGCAUACCAAAGCAUAUAUAAAAGGAGAUUCACCAGAGAAAGAUGAGAAGUGGUUAUGUCCAGAACACUUGGUGGAUCAUCAAAAAAAAGGGCGUAAUGAACAUGCUACAACAGAUAUUAAUAAAGCUGACUCGGAAUGGCAUAAAAAUAGUUCCAAACUUCAAUACGAUGAUAAGAAGAAUAAGAAUAGUGAAUCAGUUCAAGAAAAAACUUCAUCUGCAGAUAGAAGCUCUGGUCAUGGACUACGAUAUCAAUAUGACCGACGACCGAGAUAUCGUAGGAGUAUUGCCACAACCAACCGUAAAUAUAAUAAUGGUAUACCAACAGAACAAUUUGUGGAUCCUUCAAAAAAAGAAACUAAUGGAUAUGACAGAACUAAUAAUGGAAUAGCGGUGGCUAAAACGUAUAAUGUUGGCCCAAAGAAAAAUGACAGAUAUGAAAUACCAUGUUCAGAAAUUCAUUUAAUUGAGAAAUUGGGACAUGGAAACUUUAGUGAGGUUUACUAUGGCAAAUGGCGCAACAUUGAUGUGGCUGUAAAAGUCUUAGAUGAAGAAAAUACGUCAAGAUACGCAUUCUGGAGAGAAGCGGAUAUAAUUAAAAAAUUUCGUCAUAAUCGUUUAAUUGCACUGUAUGCAAUGAGUUCACAGAUUGGUCCAAUUUACAUUGUGCAAGAAUACAUGCCCAAAGGCAACUUAUUAAAUUUUUUAAGUAAAGGCGCAGGUCGUUACUUAUACUUCGAGGAUCUUAUUGACAUAGCAAUACAAAUAGCAUCUGGUAUGGAGUAUUUAGAAUACAAACAGUUGGUACAUGGUAAUCUGGCAGCACGUAACGUUCUAAUGGGUGAAAAUAAUAUAGUCAAAAUUUGUGAUUUCGGUUUGGCACGUGCUAUAACUGACAAUAACUAUUGUCCAAAAAAAGAUCCACGUUUUCCUGUUAAAUGGACUGCUCUAGAAGCCAUAAUGUUUAAUUUAUAUUCUAUUAAAUCUGAUAUUUGGUCGUAUGGUGUAGUAUUAAUGGAAAUUUUUACAUAUGGGCAAGAGCCAUAUCCUGAUAUGGAUAAUGGUCAAGUUAUAGAUUUUAUAGAACGUGGACUACGUAUACCAAUGCCAACAAAUCAUUUCAUGCCUGUUCAGUUAUAUCAUUUAUUGUUACAAUGCUGGGAUAUUACGCUAGAUAAACGACCAACUUUUAAAUUUCUGAACCAUUUCUUCGAAACGUUAUCUUAAACAUUGUAUUUAGAGAUGCUUUACUAAAUAAAAUUGCCAUAAUAGUUUAGGCACAAAAGUUUAUAAUUACAACUUUUAAA